AUGCAAGAACGCGAGCUUACUGACAAAUUGAGACCAAUUCCUAUCGCCGGUGGUGUAGAACCUCCACCUCGAGACGAUGAGGGUAAUCUCAUGGAGGGGUUGCAAGAGGGAUUGUUAAAAGAACUCAUUAAAUCCAUAAAUAUGAGGGGACAAGCCGCCGUACCUCAGAUGACACUCAAGAGGGAACCUGUCACAACUGUGGGGAUCAAGAACGAACCCGUCACCCCUGCGAAACCGGGAACGUCCAAGAUUCCUUUUCUCACAGCUCCAUCCCAAAAGAUACAAAAAACUAAACGAAAACUUCCUGUUCCCACACCGCAAAAGCAUCGCACGGAGUUGGAACGACUCAAAGAAUUUGGUAACUGGGAACCUUGGGAAAAGAGAGGUUACGACCCGUAUCAAGUGUUUGAAGAUGACGAAACGCCAAAGUCGAAGAAAGGCAAAGGGAGGGACAAGAACCGUCCAAGCUAA